CUUGCGCAUGCGCAGGGAGGGGAGACCUUGGCUAAGCCUACCAGUCGCUCAGCGGAGGUGAAAGCACCGUCGGUAGGGUCAGCACUGAGGGAAGAUGCAGAGCUGGAGUCGUGUGUACUGCUCCUUGGCCAAGAGAAGCCAUUUCAAUCGGAUAUCUCAUGGCUUACAAGGAGUUUCUUCAGUGCCUUUAAGAACUUAUGCAGAUCAACCAAUUGAUGCAGAUGUGACAGUGAUUGGUUCUGGCCCUGGAGGAUAUGUUGCUGCCAUCAAAGCUGCCCAGUUAGGCUUUAAGACAGUCUGCAUUGAGAAGAAUGAAACACUAGGUGGAACAUGUUUGAAUGUGGGUUGUAUUCCUUCAAAGGCUUUAUUGAAUAAUUCUCAUUAUUACCAUAUGGCCCAUGGAAAAGAUUUUGCAUCUAGGGGAAUUGAAAUGUCAGAAGUUCGCUUGAAUUUAGAGAAGAUGAUGGAGCAGAAGAGCUCUGCAGUCAAAGCGUUAACAGGAGGAAUUGCCCACUUAUUCAAACAAAAUAAGGUUGUUCACGUCAAUGGAUAUGGAAAAAUAACUGGCAAAAAUCAGGUCACAGCUACAAAAGCCGAUGGCAGCACUCAGGUUAUUGGUACAAAAAACAUCCUUAUAGCUACGGGUUCAGAAGUUACUCCUUUUCCUGGAAUCACGAUUGAUGAAGAUACUAUAGUGUCAUCGACAGGAGCUUUAUCCUUAAAAAAAGUUCCAGAGAAGUUGGUUGUUAUUGGUGCAGGAGUAAUUGGUGUAGAAUUGGGUUCAGUUUGGCAAAGACUUGGUGCAGAUGUGACGGCAGUUGAAUUUUUGGGUCACGUGGGUGGAAUUGGAAUUGAUAUGGAGAUAUCUAAAAAUUUUCAACGCAUACUUCAAAAGCAAGGGUUUAAAUUUAAACUGAAUACAAAAGUUACUGGUGCCACCAAGAAGUCAGAUGGAAAAAUUGAUGUGUCUGUUGAAGCUGCUUCUGGUGGUAAAGCUGAAGUUAUCACUUGUGAUGUACUCUUGGUUUGCAUCGGUCGACGGCCCUUUACUCAGAAUUUGGGACUAGAGGAACUUGGAAUUGAACUAGAUCCCAGAGGUAGAAUUCCAGUCAAUACCAGAUUCCAAACUAAAAUUCCAAAUAUUUAUGCUAUUGGGGAUGUGGUUGCUGGUCCAAUGUUGGCUCACAAAGCAGAAGAUGAAGGCAUCAUUUGUGUUGAAGGAAUGGCUGGUGGUGCUGUGCACAUUGACUAUAACUGUGUGCCAUCAGUGAUUUACACACACCCUGAGGUUGCUUGGGUUGGCAAAUCAGAAGAGCAAUUGAAAGAAGAGGGUAUCGAGUACAAAAUUGGUAAAUUCCCAUUUGCUGCAAACAGUAGAGCCAAAACAAAUGCUGACACAGAUGGCAUGGUGAAGAUUCUUGGACAGAAAUCAACAGAUAGAAUACUGGGAGCACAUAUUCUGGGACCAGGUGCUGGAGAAAUGGUGAAUGAAGCUGCCCUGGCUCUGGAAUACGGAGCUUCCUGUGAAGAUGUAGCUCGAGUCUGCCACGCACAUCCGACCUUAUCAGAGGCUUUUAGAGAAGCAAACCUGGCUGCAUCUUUUGGCAAACCAAUCAACUUUUAAUUAGAAGAUUGUUUUUCCUAAAAUCUGGAAGCUUUUGUCAAGGUUACAUUUUUGAACAGGAUAAUCUCCCAGUUCCAAGAAUUUUGUAGGAUGGAUGAAAUUAUGAAACUUCUGGAAGGUAUUUAGUGGGUUUAAAUAGAAUGGAAUAACCUUGUACCUGUAUUUAAAUAUUUUGUUCCAGUGCAUUAAUGUGGACAGAAAGCUACAUAUAGUAGCAUCCUGGAAAGUUUUAGACCUGUGUUUUCAUGAUGUCUGUGAAAUUCGACUUCACUGUAUUGGUAUUAAUGGAUUUUAUCUCUAAUUCAGUGGAGGUGAAUUUGUUCACAAGGAAGGAGCUGGAGAAUUCAUGUGAACAUCUUGAAGAAAACUGACGAAGUUAAAUUUGGUUUUCAUAUUGGAAACGAGUCAGUGACUAGAACAAGAUUCAAAUAUGUACAAACAACUUAUGUAAAUAAAGUGAUUGUCUCUCAUUUUAUUUAACUCCCAAAUUCUUGGCAGUUUAGAGGUAGAAUUACGUAUUUAAACAUUGAGGUUGUAGUAAGGUCUGUAAGUCUAAAGGGCAUUCAGUUGCCCAAAUGGAAGAUUCUGUCUAUAAAACUAUUAAAUGGAGACUCAUGAUUAUACCAGGGAAUGGAGAUACCAAAAUAAACAUGUCUUAAAUAUUUA